AAUAAGAAAAUGAUGGUCCUAUUUUAUUUACUGCUGACAGCCAGAAUGGGGGGUUGCUCAAAUGAUCACAAUUUUGUGACAAAGACUGUUGAUGUUGGACAAAAUGUGACACUUUCGUGUAUUCGCCAGCGCACACUUUUGCACCGGGAAACAUUAUUUUGGAUCAGACUUGUUUCUGGAAACCAGUUUGAAUUCUUGGGAGGAACAUUCACCUUUGAUUAUGACGAUGUUAACAAUACGUCUCAUAUUACAGUAAAACAAGAACCUGGAACCUUUAUUAUGCAAAUCAGUAAAACUAAACUAAGUGAUACUGGUUUAUACUACUGCAUAAAAGUCAGACAGCUUGCUAUGACCUUUUUGGAGGGAACAUUUCUGACCAUCAAAGGUCCAGAACCUGAUGUCAUACAAGUGCGAUCUUCUGAUCGUAUUCAUUCAGGAGACCAAGAGACUCUGCAGUGUUCAGUCCUCUCUAAGUAUGAGAAGAAAACUUGUCUGGAAAAUCCCAGUGUGUACUGGUUCAGAGCUGGAUCAGACAAAUCCCAUUCCAUUUAUGUUCAUGGAAACAGUGGUGAUGAAUGUGAGAGGAGUCCUGAAGCUCCCUCACAACGUAAAUGUGUCUACAGCUUCUCAAGGAAUGUCAGCUCCUCUGAUCCUGGGCUUUACUACUGUGCUGUGGCCAUAUGUGGACAGAUCAUUUUUGGAAAUGAAUCAAAACUGGACAUUAAAGCAGCCAACAUGUGGGACUUGCAGACGGCCAACACAGCUCUCUUUAUGUUAUGUGCUGCUUUGGUUACAAGUCUGAUAGUUAUAGGAUCCCUCAUUUAUACUAUCAAGGAGAAAACUUGUGAUUGUUGGAAUGAAGCUGGAAGAUCCAGUAGUGGUCAACAGAGAAGUUGGCAGAGAGCUGAGGACUCGGUGACUUAUUCUGUGGCAGUCUUCACCAUGUGGAAAGCUGAGCAAAGGCAUGACAGAAAGGCAGCAGACUGACUCAUGUCAGUGCUUGGCCAGAUAUUUCACACAUUGUAUAUUUACCAACUAGAACUUUAAUUUUCUGAUAAAUUGUGGGAAAGCUAGCAUUUAGCUGUCACCUCUGCUUCUAUUUUACUUCUGAAAUUGGUAGUGUAAUAUUGUAUAUUAGAUACUAUGUAAUAUUUUAAAAUCAUGCCAUAGUCUGUGUGCUAUUUUAAUUUUAUGGGGUAAUUCAUUCUUGCAUUGGUUUUGAAGUUCCUUCUUUCUGUUUUGAGGAGCUUUUGAAAGAGUAUGUAUGUUUAAGCUUUAUUUACCUUUGUCUGAUAUGUAUGUUUAACAGUAUUGAUCUUCAGUGUAAAACAUUUUCACUAAAUGAUAGCGAUCCA